AUGAGUGACAAUGGGUCAUUUCCUGGUGUGACCCUCACUGAUGGCGUGAGCGGACUGCAUUUCACCAGCGAUGAGCAUACCGCUUGGCCGGACUUCCCAAUUGCUGGUAUGUUGUUUACGGCAAUUUCACCCGACCCCACCCGUCCUGACCCGACCCGACCCGACCCGACCCGACUCGACCCAAUCCGUCCUGAAGCACGAGCACGACGCAAAGCAGACCCUGGGAAAGAGAGAGCGGGAAAGAGCCAAUUGGCCCGUGCCCAUUCAGGCCGAAGCAACUCAGCCACUUCAUCCUCCACCCCUCCUUUUCUCAUUAAGUCGCCCCAGUUACCGGGCAAAUUUGAUACCCCCUCUCCCUCACCUGGUGCUGGUUGGAUUGCUUGUUUGCCCGCAUUCUUAGUCCACUUCAGCUGCCCAUCCCAGCACCAAACGUCCUCCUCUUUACGCUCCUACUGCCAGUAUGUUCACACAACUAAUAGUAAACAGAUUCCCCUCUCCCUCGCCCUGUUCCUCUUGCUCCCAAGUCCUGUGGAUAUGGCCUCAAAGGUUGACUUCCUCACGAGUCACCGUAACCGAGGCAUUGCGACUGCCCGCCACGGUUGCAAGGUUCAGCAUUACUUUGUCUCGUAG